AUGUUAAACAGAAAUUGGAGCAGUUUUGUGCUCAGACAAGUUUCCCUAUAUAAAAACUUCCGUCAGCAGUGGACACGAUUUAAAGCGAGAGCCGUGCAAUACUCCUUCUCCCUCUACCGAAACGAUCGACGCUUCACUAGAUUCGCGAUAGCCGCCUCGACACUCGGUUUCACAUUCAAAGAGCAUGGAAUCAGUGAUAAACGAAUGGCAGAAUGCGACAAUUGCGAAGAGGAGUUCGCUCACCGGAAGACGCCUGGCAACGGAUGGGAGUUGCUUUACGAGGAGAAAGAUAUGCUGGCGUUCCGUCGACGCAUAGAAGGACCCUACGAAAUGUAUGAAUAUAAGUGUGUCGGCACUUAUUAUGAUAUAAGUCCCCGGACGUUUCUCGACGCACAAAAUGAUUUGAAGUAUCGAAAAGAGUGGGAUGAGAAUAUUGUGACGAUAGAGGUGGUGAAAGAGGAAAACGAGAAUGAAUUGAUCAGAUGGGUAUCCAAAUUCCCUUAUCCAAUGUAUCCGAGAGAAUAUGUUUAUGUGAGACGCACGUGGGUGUCGGAUAAUGAAAAAUAUGCAGUUAUUGAUAGCGAAUCGGUGCAGCCGGAGGUAUUCCCAUCAAUCUCCAAAACGAACGUCCGUGUUCGCUCCUACACGUCCCGUAUGUCGAUCCGCGCUCACACUAACUGGGAAUCCCACGGCGUCGACUAUAUCUUGACGUAUUGUGAUAAUCCGGAAGCCAACAUUCCCCGUUAUAUCUACAAUUGGAUGGUGAACAAAGGCGGUCCGUACUUUCUGAAACAAGUUCACAAAGCGGCGCGAGAAAUCGAGAGUAGCGGACGAGAAGUGCGAUCGGCGACGGAGAAAGCGCAGAAUAGUAAGAAUGAUCGGGUGACGGAACGAUUGGAAAAGGAAUCGGAAGUGAAAGAGAAGCAGCGAAGAGACGCGGAAGCGGCACGCCAGGAGAAUAAGGAGAAUAAUGGGGAGAAGAAGGCACAGAAGACUCAGAAGGCCCCACGAUCCUCCGCAGCCAACUCGUUCGUCUUACAGUCGCAGGAACAAGUGAACUAUCAGAGAACUGCUUGA